AUGGAUUCAACAGUUACCAGCAGACCGACAAGUUCAACAACUACAACCAAAAUUGCAGCUUCGACAGAGAAGGAAGCAAAAUCAACAGUCACAGCUGAGUCUACCACCUCGACAAGGAGAAUAACUGAAACUUCAGUUACAAUUGAACCUGCACGCUUAAUACAGAAAUCAACAGAAAUAAUAACUAAUACUGAACUCUUAAUAUCGACAGCAGAAUCAGUGUCUCCUGAACUUACAGCUACAAUUAACCCUGCAAUCUUGACAGAAAUUACUACUGAAACAUUAGUUACAACUAAACCUACAAGCCCGACAGAGAUGAGCAUUGAGACCGAGACCGAGAAAACUAAUUUGAUAACUACAGUUGAAUCUACAACCCCAACACAAAGCUUUCUUCAAGCAACUGGUGCAACCAGAGUUAUACCCUCGACAAUGAAGGCAACAAAAUCAGUAGCAACAACUGAUUUUAUAAAUGCAGAUAAAAGUACACAGCCAACAGAAACGAGUCCACCUGAAACUACAACCUCGACAGACAGGAUAAGCAAAUCUACAAGCAGCACUGAGCACAGAACUCAAUCAGAGGGAACGUCGACAGAAAACAAUACUUCAACGACAGCUUCACUUGAACUGUCAAGCUCGGCAGAAAAAACAGCUAUAACAAAGUGGGUAACAGAAUCAAUAUCUACAGCAAAAUCACCAUCUACAACAAAAUCAACAUUUGCAACAGAAUCGCCAUCUACAACAAAAUUACAGUCUAGAACAGAAUCACCAUCUAUAACCGAAUCAACAUCUAUAACGGAAUCAUCAUCUAUAACAAAAUCACAAUCACCAACAGAAUCGCAUUCUACAACAGAAUCUCCAUCUACAGCUGAAUCACUAUCUACAACAGAAUCAUUUACAACAGAAUCCACAUCUACAACAGAAUCAACAUAUACAAUAGAAUUAACAUCAACAGAAUCAACACCUACAAAAGAAUUACCACUUGUAUCAACAUCUACAACAGCAUCUACAUCUGCAACAAAAUCAACAUCUACACCAGAAUCAACAUCUACAGCAGAAUCAACAUCUGCAACAGAAUUAACAUCAAUGGUAUUAACAACUACAGCAGAACCACCAUCUAGAAAACAAUUAACAUCUACACCAGAAUCAACAUCUACAACAGAGUCAAUAUCUAUAACAGAAUCAACAUUUACAACAGAAUUAACAUCAAUAGAAUCAACACCUACAACAGAAUCAAAAUCUAAACCAGAAUUAUCAUAUACGACAGAAUCAACCACAACAAAAGAAUCAAUAUCUAGAACAGGAUCAACAUCUAUAGCAGAGUCAACUUCUAUAACAGAAUUAUCAUCUGCAACAGAAUCAACAUUUACAACAGAAUCACCAUCUAGAACAGAAUCAUCAUCUGCGACAGAAAUAACAUUUAUACCAGGAUCAACACCUGCAACAGAAUUAACAUCUAUAGCAGAAUCAACAUCUGCUACAGAGUCAACAUUUAUAACAAAAUCACCAUUUAUAAAAGAAUCAACCUCUACGCCAGAAUCAACAUCUAUAACCGAAUCACCAUCUAUAACAGUAUCAACAAUUACAACAGAAUCAAUAUCUGCAACCAAGUCAACAUCUAUAUCAGAAUCCUCAUCUAUAAAAGAAUCAACAUCUACGACAGAAUCAACAUCUGCAACAGAGUCAACAUCUAUAUCAGAAUCAUCAUCUAUAAAAGAAUCAACAUCUGCAACAGAGUCAACAUCUAUAUCAGAAUCCUCAUCUAUAAAAGAAUCAACAUCUACGACAGAAUCAACAUCUGCAACAGAGUCAACAUCUAUAUCAGAAUCAUCAUCUAUAAAAGAAUCAACAUCUACGGCAGAAUCAACAUCUAUAACCAAAUCACCAUCUAUAACCGAAUCAACAUCUACAACAGAAUCGAUAUUUAUGACAGAGUCAACAGUAUCAACAUCUCUAACAGAAUCAACAUCUACAACUGAGUUAACAUUAAUAACAGAAUCACCAUCAACAACAGAAUUAACAUCUACAAGAGAAUCAACAGAAUUAGUAAAAUCAGUAGGCACAACAUCCACAGAAGAAAUUACAACACAUGCAAAAAAAUCAACGACUAUAUCUGAAACUACAACCUCGACGGACAGGGUAACUAAUUAUACAAGUAGCACUGAAUACAGAACACCAACAGAGAUAAAAUCUGGAUCCGUGGCUAAAACUGCUCAUAUCCUCUCAUCAGAGAUGGCUACCGAAUCUAGAAUUACAACUGAACUUACAACUUUGAUAAAAGGGUCAACUAUAAUUUCACCUACAAGUUCAGCAGGAAAAACUUUAGAUUCAACAGCUACAACUGAACUUACAAGCAGUGAUGAACGCAUGACUCCAACAAAGGAGAAAAAAUCAACAGCUGGAAUUGAACAUACAGACUCGACAGAGAGGACAACUGAAUUUACAUUUGCAAUUGAAACCAAAGCGUCUAAUGAAAGAACGAUUUCAACGACAGGUUCAACCGAGCUAUCAAGCUCGACGGAGAAAAUAGGUGUACCUAAAUCUACAACUGAACCAACAGCUUUGACAAAGAGUGUAACAAAAUCAACAUCUACAACAGAAUUAACAUCUACAACAGAAUCAGCAUCUAUAACAAAAUCAAUAUCUACAACAGAAUUAACAUCUACAACAGAAUCAACAUCUAUAACAAAAUCAAUAUCUACAACAGAAUUAACAUCUACUACAGAAUCACCAUCUACAACAGAAUCACCAUCUACAACAGAAUCCCCAUCUACAACAGAAUCACCAUCUACAACAGAAUCACCAUCUACAACAGAAUCACCAUCUACAACAGAAUCACCAUCUACAACAGAACCACCAUCUACAACAGAAUCACCAUCUACAACAGAAUCACCAUCUACAACAAAAUCAACAUCUGCAACAGAAUCAACAUAUGCAACUGAAUCAAUAUCUACAACAGAAUCAACGUCUACAACAGAAUUAACAAUAAAAUCAGUUGACACAUCGACAAGAGAUAUUACAACACAAGCAAAAACUGAAUCUACAGUGUCAAAGGAAACAACUGAAUCGAGAGAAAAAAGUGAAUUUGCAGCAAGUUUGACGGAGGAAAUAACAGAAUCAACAAUGACAUUAGUACUAGCAAUAUCAACAGGAGUAAUAACUACGCUCGCAGAAAGUAUUUGCAUCAAUGGAACAAUUCAGAAUUGCGCCAAAUACAUUUUACGUACAUUCCUUAUAGAAAAGCGAAACCGAUUCACCAAGGAAUCCGAAGCUUCACAGGCUAGUUUGCUGGAACUUCAUAUAAGUCAACCGGUAAAGAUCGUCCCAGGUGUCAUGCACGGGGAAACGAGCUAG